CGCGCACGCACACAAACAAACAAGCACACCAGCCAGCCAGCCAGCAAGUGACUGCUGUUCCCCGCCUUCCUCCUUCCUUGUUGUCGUUCCUUGUUGUGGUUGGUGUGCAAGGACUGCUUGCAUGACAUCGACGCAAUGGCUGGAGGUGCCGGACAAAGGGGUGGUCAGCCCAUAUGUGCUGCAUGACCCAACCUGUCUUCUGGCCAACGCGCUGGCAGACAAGACCAUCAGCACCAUCGCCACCGCACACAACCAGCUGGUAUCCAAGAAGAAGAAUAAGAAGGAGAAGAAGGAUACAAAUGAGGAGUCGGAGUCGGGAAGAACGGCAGGCGAGAGCUCGCUCUCACCAUGGAUUCCACUGACAAGCAAGACGUACAGGAUCGUCAUCAGCAUCGAUGUUUCGCCAAGCAUGUUCUGCUUCAAGCCGAGCAGCAAUAGCAGAGAGGAGACGGUCGGGAACAUGCGCUCAUCUGCGUUUGCAAAGAUCCACAGCACGCUUGCUGCGUUGAUCAGUUCCCUCGUCAUCCAGGAGCCAGACAGCUCCCCGACAUCCACAGUUCCGCCGCAGGACCAGCAGCACCAGCACAAGCAGCGCGAAAGGCGCAAGGGCGAAGGUGGCGGCUCAGACCAAGAUGCGCUCGACACCAUCGACGAAAUGCUCCCAGACACAGCAGUGCCCACCAUAUGGCUCACCGUCCUCGUACAAGCCCACCAGAGCCUGCAGGGCAGCCAGCCCAUCAAGACACUCGCACAGGGCAUCCGCCUCACCCAGCACAAUGUCACGGAGGUGGUGGGGAUGGUGCAGCAUCGGUUCCACAACCUCGUCCUCGACGAAUCAGGCGCAUCUGUCUUUGAGCGGCACCUCAACUUUGCACGGCGUGACGCGCGGAGCGCAACGGGAAAGAAGAAACCGCGCAAGCGACGGCGGGCAGACGUCUCCUUCGACAAGAUUCUCCGACACGCGCUGUUUGCCCUCAAUCUCCUGCCCAAGAUCAGCACCCCGGUCGUCAUCUUCCUGACAGACGGCAUCGUGGGCUUGCCGGACCCUGCGCGGUCCAUCACGCUGCUGCAGCGCCUGGCCACCACCGCUGCCACGUGUCACUUCAUCUACCUUCAAGACGGGCCCGUCGCACCCGCCACAACCACGCCUGGCCUGCUGCGGCUACACCAGCACCGCCAGUCGCAGGCAAACGUGUACAACACGUCGCGCAAUGUCACCAGGCGUCGUCACGGCGGCGGCUUCAGCGUGCAGCGCUCCCGCCCGCGACCGCGCUACCCAGGGAGCUUGCUCACGGUGUACAACUCGGACCUGCUCUUCUUCCUCGCGGAGGCGACGGGCGGAACCGUUCUCGUCCCGUCCGACCUCACAAACGUUGCUCUGGUGAAGGCAUCGCUGCUUGUGCGCUGGGUCAUGGACCAGCCGCCAAGCCUGCAGUCACGGCGACGGCUCAAUGCCCCAACCUUCUUCCUGGCGCCGGCAUCGCGUGCAGCGCUGCUUGGGUCGUUUGAGGAAGGCAGCAGCCAGGUCCCGCUGGUGCGAACGCUCUGGGGCGGCUACAGGUUCACCUGCAGCCCCGUUGAUGUUCUUCGACAUCGCCUGGCCCUCGGUUUUCGACUGAGUGGGAUUGGCUCACUGCCAUUUGAGGGCGAGAAGAAGACGGAAGCGGUUUUGUUGCAGCCAAUGGUGCAACUCGUUUUUCGCCUCACCGAACACGUCGCUCUCGAGUGCCAGGUGCUGAUUGCUGACCGAGCGGGUGUUGCCUCGUACAAACUGGACGAGAACGCCAUCAUGGCCAACUUCUCCCAACACAAGCCAUGUACUAUAGAGCUGAGGUACUUCCUGGUUGGGCCGAGAACAUACGCUGAGCAAGCGCGUUUGUUCCCCAUUUCCACUGCUGCUUCCAGUGGCAAAGGGGCGAGCGUUGCUGGGCCCGUGGCAAGAAGCACAGGAACGCUGGCGUGGGUCAUUCGAAAGCUGAGGCAGUGUGAUAACACGUUGCAACUCUUGCUGCAGUUUCGCUCACAGAAAGAACUUCUGGAUCGGCACGUCGCAGAGACGUUGAAGGAGCAGCACGAGACGUUGUUCUGCGUGCGCAAUAACCGGCUGGUUGCGCUUGAUGGCGCUCUGCCUCGACUCCGCGCACUCAAGACAAUGCAUCCACGCCAAUACCAGGCGUACUGGCACGCGGUUGCGUGUCUGUCUGCACCGAUUGCACGCAUGUUCACGUCCACGGACUACAUGGUGGCGCUGCUGCUUCACGACAUUCGCCCAGAUAUCCUAACAGCCAGAACUGCCGACACGGCGGCGCAGUUCAGCGGGAGCGCCGGUCUGCUGAUGGCCAACGUGUCCUGGGCCAUGGCGCGUCGCCUCCUCCGCAGCAGACUCCGCCAGUGGUGCAGCCUGCCGCUCUCCCCUGACUGCUACGUUGCCUUCUUCAGCGACCUUGGCUGCGGCUAUGAGCCCGGGUUUGUGCUCGUGCAGUUGGCCCUGCGUGAUGCUCUGGCACAGCUGCAGCUCUGCUACUUUGGCGGCGACGUGGAUGUGCGCCAGGGAGUACGGGAUUCUCUCCGGCAGGCCAUUUACGUCUCAAAGACAGUUGAAACGGAGAAGAAGGCAAAGAGCGGCACAACAGGGAGCAACACCACUUCGCGCGAAGCCAGUAGUGAACCCCAUGCUGACACACACGCGGCCACUGAAGAAGAAGCAAAACGGAAGCAGACCGAGCGCUCGCUGUUCCACGGCCCGAUCCGCCCGGUCAACACCAAGCUGACCAAGCUGCUUGUUCGCUACCGCCAGCGCCCGGCCACUCUUCUUUCCUUUGGCAGCAAGAAGGCCACGCGUGCCGCGUCCCAGCGGCUCGUCUCUUAUCUCCACAAGCGCCGCACCGUGGCCCGGUUCAACUUUGAGGGCGCCAGCUCGGAGGACCCUGUGGCGCUUGCACGCAUGCUUGUACGUCAGCGAAGGAACGAGGGCUUCGUGUACACGCGCACCAGCGAUGGCGUCAUUGCGCUCGCCCUGCAGUUGGACAUGGACACGACGCACUCCCAGCCGCACGACAACAGUCCAGACACAACAAGUCACAACACCACCGCCACACAGCAGCAGCAGCAGCAACAGCAGCAGCAGCAAACGUACUCAAAGGCGACACACGAGCCAGCGACCACGACACGCGCAUCAAGAAAGCACAUGCGGGACAACGGGUUGCUGACGAUGGCAGACCAGCUCAGCAGUCGGGUCCAUCGCCACAAGAACCCGAGCGCUUCGUGUAUUGUGCAGUAUGUCGUGUUCCCGCCCACAACCAAGACCCCGCGCCUAUUUGCGGUGGAGGUGUGGGUGGAGCCCCAGUAUGGUGUUGUUCGCCAGUGCCGCAACAACCCCACCUACCUGCACCAGGCAGGCUUCAAAGGCGUCCUCAACCGUAUCUGCACGAAGGACCAAACAGCCCUGUGCGCAGUGGCGUCAUUUGACUUUGUUGAUCGCUGCAUGCUGCGGGCAGUGCAACGCGAGGAUGAGCGACAGGCGCGGAACCGCAAGAACGCCAUGUCGGCCAAGCAGGGGGACGAGGCUGAUGCGUCGUAUUGCGACGAAGCAACAUCAUCGCAAGCAAGGAAAUCGCAAGAUGCGCGACCAGGGCGACAAGAACAGCCGCAAGCUCGUCAGCCAGCACACGCACAAGCGCAGCAGCAACAGCAGCAACAGCAACGACAACGACAACGACAAGAACAAAAAUCGCAACAAGAGCAAGCACAGCAAGGAGAGCCAACGAGUAGCGGGGAUGGCGGUGGCGGUACCACAGCACACAUUGGCCCGCUGCUUGACGUGAUUCAAAUUGUGGAGCCGCCACGCGUCGCACCAACGUCGUAUUACUUUGACCGGGAGGCCGGCGGUGUUGUGCAGUCCACAUAUGUCCCGUUUUCCGCCAUGCAGCUGAUACGGUGCGCGCGAAGAACAGACUUCACCUUUGAUGCUUUCCUUCCGCAGGACUUUGAGCCAACAAGCGAAGAUGGUGGUGAUGGCGGCGGUCGCCACACCACUGCCGCCGAGCCGCCAACAAUUUCAGCCACCAGCACGAAGAGCACCAGCACAGCACAAGCGGACGCACACGCAAACUUCGCAGCAAACUCGGACAAAGGCACAGGUACACGAGCAAACCGCGAAGAACCAGCUACAUGUGGGGACGCGCCCACCGCCACCACAACACCAACGCCGCCGACGGCCAACGGGUGGAAAUCAGCUCGGGAGUGCUUCCUCAGCAAUGUGCUGUCGGCGUGCAUGGGGCGCACCGUGUCUGAUGUUGCAAGCAUGGAGGUGCGGCUGAGGGCGUGCGAACAGGACUACCUGUACACUAUGCUCCACUCUGAGCGUCCAGGGGAGGGCACGCUCAACCUUGGUCUCAAUGACUUUGUCACGCCAAACGAGGAUGCAGAGAUACUGGCGUGGCUCGCCCACGGCGCUGAUUUGCCUGCGUCUGUGGUGGAGGCGAAGAAGAGGCAGUACAUCAAGACGAUGCUGGAGUCGGAGGUGGCCAUGCGGUUGGAGGUGCUCGCAAAGAGAAUGCAGACGCACGCCGGCAGCGCAGAGAGUGCGGAAGCCGGCAACCACCAAGCUGCGACAGGCAGCACCGGUGGCAAUGCGGAGGCAGCGACGCAAGGCGGCAUGCCCGACAGUCCAGCGCCCACACCUGCUGCCGACAGCGCGGGAACGGGACCAACCGAAGCAGCACCAGCAACAGCAGCCGCGGCAGCGGACAAGGAAGCAUUCAGCAGUGCCACUGUGGGCACGGAAGAGCAUGGUUUGCUGAGCGGUGACAGCGGCGGCAAUAACACCAGCAGCGGCGGGGACGAUGGUGGUGACUCUGGCGAUGAUUCUGGCAUGGAGGUGAUUGAGGACUACGAUGAAGAGUACAAUCUGUGCGAUAACUUGCCGCAGCUGCUGGACAAGUUGAAAGCAGUGCGGACACGCGAUGGCGAUGGUGAUGAUGGCGAUGGCAUGCCACAGGAGGCAGCACACGCUGCACGAGCACGCGCCAACGGGGGCCGCAACACCACAGCCACAAUUGAAGGCGAAGCCGGCGUGGCCUCAGCAGCGGCCACGACAACGACGACCACAACGACCACAACGACGACGACGACGACCACCACCACCACAACAGAAGCGACAACACGGUCUCCUGCUGCGGACGAGUCGCCAGUGGCGUCAGGAAAGACAACGCAAGCGCCGUCUCUGCGCGCAUCAAGGAAGCCAUCUGCUGGAUCGCUGGCGGCAAUGGGGACAACAACAGCAGCAGCAGCAGCGAGAGCAGCAACAGCAGCAGCAAAGGCUGCGUCGUUGUCGUCAUCGUCGUCGUUCGAUGGUGCACACAUCAAGCAUGCCAGGGAUCGAGAUGGCGGUGGUUGUGGUGGCGAUAGCGACAGGGAGCGUGCCACCGAUGAAGACAGGGAGGAGGUGGUGACGCAUCGACCUCCUUACCGCUGUUUCUGCUUCGUGCAGGAUGCCGACAUGAUUCUGCUUGUCUUCCGUGCACACAACCAGGCGUGCCGCUUUGAGGAGCUGUACGCCAACAAGAGCAAGCCGUUUGGCAAGUUCACCAUCCAUAUGUUCUCCAUCAGCCGGGAUCACCUGUUUGCCGGUGUGCGCCCCAAGUUUGCUGCUGCGCACAUGUUUCCACGCGACCUGCGGCUGUGCGGGGAUCUGGGCAUUGACGCGCCCAUUUCUGCGCUCUCAGCCACCCCGCACGCGUACCUGCAAGAUCUGUUCUGCCGCGCCUUUUCGCAGGCUGUGAUGGUGGCGCUUCAGCGUGAGAUUGCGCUGUGCCACAUCACGUUCCGACGCACGCUGUCCGCACUGCGGCGGUUGAACUGCUCGAUUUCUGUCACCAACCUCGUUGAGAGCAUGGAGGACACAGAUGCGGAAUACAUCGACGGAGUUAUUCCAAUCCAUCUGCUGCCUGCCCUUAUGAACCGGCGCUUUGGAGCAAUUGUCCAGCGCCGUGUGAAGAGCACGACUGCGUUCCCUGCGUUUUACGUUGCGCGCGACGCGUGGAAGACAGACAAGCAACGACAGCGGGAAGAGGAGGCACAGGGACCUGGCUUGGUGAAUGACGAAAACCUCACACAGAAGCAGGCCAACGCAGCGAGAAAGGCAGCACACAUGUACAGCUCACCAGCUCUGGUGGCACAGGACCAACAGUAUGCAAACGCGCGCGUGCAUGAGCUUCACCGCCGCGAUGUGAAUGCCGCCUGUGCCGGUGCUGGCAAUGGUGCUGCUCAUCACGAGCAUGCCAUCAAUGUACCUUCGGCUCCUGCUAACACCACCAGUGACACAACCAGCAGUGGCACCUCCGCCGCAGCCACGAGUGACACGAUCACGGCCUUUGAGGCUGCAGACGCGGUUGCUGCGGCAGCAGCAGCUGGCGGUGGCACUGAGACGGGUGACAUGGAGGAAAGGGCACGCGCAUUGGAGGGCUUGGAACCGUUUGUGGACAAUGCCCAGCUUGGCUCCCCUUGGCUCUGGGACACCGCCGCGUUCCAUGACGACCAAAGCGUUUCGGACGUCCUUGAGAUGGCGUCAGCUGUGCGUGCCUCCCCGCCGGUUCCGCCCCACAUUGAGGCGAUGCAGCAGGCGUCCAAAGCGUUUGCACGCUGUACGUCAGUGCGGGCCAAGGCGAAGGAGCCCGUGUUCAUCCACCUCAACACGGUGGUGCAUGUUGGGUCGCGCGUGGUGCGGUUUGCAACGCGGUCGUUCCCCGGGUCCAUUGAUGCCCUUGUUCGCGACAGCCAGGGCUGCCUGACUCCCGCGGUUCUGCGUCACGCCGUGGACAACGAGCAGCUCCGGGUUUGGCUGGAAGUCACCGCUUUCCACACGAUUGCGUUGCCCAACUUGUCCGAACUCACAGCACCACCCCCGCAUGUCCCCCCUCACCCUGACCCAGGGCAGAGGCAGCAGCAACAACGGCGACAGCAACAACAGCUGCAAGCUGGACAACUGGGUCGUGGCGGCAGUGUUGUGACGCUUCAUGGUGCUGACAGCAGCCCGGAUGUUGCAAGUGACGAGCAGGAGCAGCAAGAUGCACAGGAGGAUGACCAGGCAGCAUUUCAGGCCUGGGCCCAUGGUCUGCUGGCGUGCGACAGCUACACGUCAUACCGGCCAGGUAGCGAGUUUCGCAUGAAAUCCCUGCCAUCACCCUUUGAUGCAGACGCAGCGAAAGACUUUAGACUUGACGGCGAUGGCCCUCCACAGAUGGAAGUGUUUGACACCCUGUGCAACAGCAUUGCGUGGCAGGUGACAGAUGAGUUGGUGGCGUUGCUGCGGUGCUCGCCCCAGUUUGACCAAGUCAUCAUCAACAACAUUGCUGGGCACGUGCAGCAGCCGCCGGCGUUGACAGACAGCAUCAACUUCUCGCAGGCGCACCGGCUGGCCGCCCCACGCCCCGUGCCCGAGACGGAAGCUGCGAGACAGUUUAUCGAGGACAACAAGUUCUACCGCAGGGAAGUGGCGUUUAUGUUUGUGAAACUGCUGGGGCAUCUUGACCUCAAGGGCCACAGCGCAGUCUCCAUGGGAGAGGCUUGUUUCAUGAUUGUGCCCAACACGUGGCUAUCACCACCAGCAUCAUCAUCAGCAUCGCCACGAGGCAGCAGAGACGAUGCCGUCUCGUCAGCCUCAUCCGUUGUCUUUGAGCACCCGGCUGAAGGUGCCGGCACAGCAGCAGAAGAUGGUGACCACCAGGUUGCCAGCAGUCGCGCGCGUUCGGCAAGCAGUACCACGAGCAUCCCUACCCCAACGCCCUCCCCUUCCUCCUCCUCCUCCUCCAUUGCGUCGGCAACACGAACACCGACACCAACACGAACACCGAGACCAACAGCAGCAACAACAACAGCAGCAGCAGAAGGGAGUGGCGCGGCAUCAGCGUCAGCGCGGAGCGAGAGCGAUGGCCAGCCCAGCAACAGCAGCAGCACUGCUAGCGAGGAUCAGCUGCAAGAGGGCAUGCACAAGACCCCAGCGACGUUCUUCACGCGCCCGUGCAGCGAGUACCUGAUGAAAGAGCAUCCGGACAUGAUUCAGUUUGAAGCCGAGGGAGAGGAGAAGACAGUCAGCAAGCACGACAUUCGGCAGAUGCAAUUCCACCUCAUCCUCACCGUGGAUUACAGCACAGUGAACAUCUUCUUCAACACGCGUCUUGGCACCGUGACGGCAGAGAUGAGGGAGGCACUUGAAGCGCUUGACACGCAGCUCGUGCACGCCUGGCGCCGGGCAAACCAGAUUCUGAUGAUGCGAAUGGUGAUGCAGCAUGGCAUCAAGUUUGAUCCGCUCAUUCCCGCUGGUGCUGAAGACUACAGCCAAUUGCAGGCGGCAAUGGGAGCAACAGGCACUCAGCCGCCUACCCACAGCCCGAGCACACACGCCCGCGCCCCACAGGCAAUGCACCCGCUCUCCUCAAACGUCACCGCUCCGCAAUCGCAGCCAACUCAGGCACCACCACGACCACCACAGCGAACUGCCACAGCCACGGCCGCGGCCACGGCCACCACCACCACCACUGGUACUGUUGCGGGAGGAGCAGCACCAGCGCGGUCGUUUUCACACCUCAUGCAGUCGUUGGUGAAGAAAGACCGUGCACGCCCGAGCCAAUUUGCGCUGCCGCUGCUCUUUCGCUGCGUGUAUCCGCUGUUUCCCAGAGUGACCGGUCAGCAGAUUGGCGACGCCAUUCAGAACAACCGCUUCUUGCCGCUGAAGAGCGACUGGGUUGUCUUGAACAAGACCACGCUCAUUCACAUGCACGGGCUGACGCUGAGCCAGGCGCGCGCUGUGCUGGGCGACUCCUUCCACAACAUGCCCGUGUUUUUUAGGCGGUAUGCGCAGCGCGCGGAGCGGGAGGGCGGGGGCAGGUCGAGUGAGUUCCCAACCAAGGACGCCUUCUUCAGCUUUGACAUUUACAGCAUGCAGAAGCUGACGCGCAAGUUCCACCUUGCGUUUUGUCGCAUUGUGGAGCAGGCCGCGGCAAACCUCAUCUCGCACGCGUUUCAGAGCGCAGCCAACGCCAUUGGCCGCUCGCACAGGAUUGAGUUUGUCAAUUUCCUGCACGGGUAUGAAGACCAGGCCAUCCUGGCGCUGCCGCUCCGGGAGAGCAUGCGCAACCACGUGCAGCUGUUUGGCCUGCUGCGGCAGUCGCUGCUGCGCUUCAUGCGCGUGUACUCUGGCAAGGCCGAGCUCGAAGGCAAGCCAACGCAGGACGGGACGGCACUGGAGAUGGACCUGAAGGACAUGCAGUUUAUCUACAGCUCACAGCAAACGGUGGCGCGGAGCCUGGCGCGUUCGGGACGCGACAUGCACCGGCCCUCUGUGGAGAGCACAAAGAUUGGCGACGGCCUGGCCUGUGUGACUGUGCAGUUUGUGGACGACGAGGCGCCCUUUGCACCGCAUCAGCACCGCUACCCGCUCGGGUGGAUGCAGGGUCCGGUUGGAGCGUCGCUGUCGGGGGCGUGCCACGCGCUGAUGCAGGUGCUGCCGAGGAUGACGCGAGCGGCCAGCUGGCAGCGAAAGAGGCUGGAGAACAUGGAGAAAAUGCCGCACACGGGCGUUGUGCCACCGACACCGCCAACGCAUCUCCCAUUGCACUCGCGUGCUCAAUCCCGCACACAUUCGCGGCCGCAUUCGCGUGGGGGAUACCUUCCGUCCCGGACGCCGUCACGUUCACAGGUGCGGCCAGAGCAACAACAACAACAACAACAACAACAACAACAACAACAACAACAACAACAACAACAACAACAAGCAGGGCAACAAGAGCAAGAAGGACAGGAAGAAGGGCAGGAAAAACAAGAAGCAAAACGACAGGAAGCACAACAACGUAACGGGCAAGAAGAACACGGGCGAGAAGAGCAACAAGAUCAAGAACAGCAACGACUACAACAGGACGAGCGUGGCGCUGUGCUUUCGCCGCCAACAAGGGCUGCAGAAACAGCGACGUCGGGUGUGUUGUCGCCGAUGGUUCUGAGUCCAACGCGCAGCGGUCGCUCAUCUGUGCAGAGCGGUGUUACCGGGCCCACGAUUGUUCAACCAAGAGUGCAUCCACACAUCCACGCUCUCCACACAACAACACCCCAGCGGGGGUCGCCGUACCUGCCCCAACCCCACCUGGAGCACGCUUACACGCUGCAUCGUCCACAGCCACACCAAAGCGAUCAUCUCCCAUUGGCCCCAUCACGACAACCAACGGAGCAGCAGCAACAGCCGCAGCUCACAUCUCCAACUCACCUGGAGCCAGCCACUACCGCAGCCAGAGGUACAGCAGUGCAAGGGAUGCAAACGCCAAACACGGGGCUGAGCACGCUGUCGAGUUUCAGCAGUGGCCGUGUGCCCGCGAAUGGUGUUGCACAGACCAUUGCACAGCAUUUCUCGAAGCGGUACGGGCAGCCAGCCGAGCUCCUCCCGCAAACGGUGCAGGUGAAGAUGGCCACGCAACAUCCCUCACCAGCAGCGGCAACGGAGGACGAGGAGGUGCCGGACCAUACAUUCCUCGACCGGUCGCUGUCGUCGUCACACAACAGCGUAUUCGGUGAUGGCGAUGGCAGUGGCCAUGGCAGUGGACUGAGUGCUCUGCUACGCCAGGCCCUUUCACGCCACAACGAGGAUGACGAAGACACGCGCAGUCAAUCCACAAUUGAGGAAGAGGAUGGACUGGAGGAGCGUUCCGGUGCCAACAAUCAUGAUGAAGGCAGUGGUGGUGAAAGUGAAGGUGACGAUGCCCAAGCUGGGGAGGCGGACACGGCUCGAACUGUGAGUAGCAUGUCCGGCUCCAGUGAUGAUACAGUGGAGGCAGAGAACGAGUCAGCUAGGCCACAGCUCGAAGGCACGACGCACGCACCGUCAUCAGCAUUCCAGCACAGCAGCAACCGCAGCCUUGAUCCUCUGCAUGGCCGUGACUUGCACCGCCACCAACUACAUCCACAAGAACAACAACAACAAGAACAACAACAACAACAACAACAACAACAGCAGCAGCAGCAGCAGCAGCAGCAGCAACAGCAGUUGAGUGGACAGGUGUGCGUUGCAGAGGAGCUCAUGCACUCAAUUGUUCGAUGCCGUGCCCUGUCCAAGACAGAGACGAUCAGCGGCCCACACAUGCUUCUCCGUAUUGGCAUUCGCAGCGUGCGCAACACACGCACGUUUGUCAACAUCAUCAAGUCUGUGUUGCUGCAGGCAGCGUGCGACUUCAUCAUGGAGCAGCUCAUUGCGCAACAUCCCAUCGUGGUGCCCGGUCGCUCCCAGCUCGCACGUUCUCUUGAUGCGAGCAUGAUCAUGCACAGUCACCAGCAGCUCCAGCGGCAUUAUGCAAACGUACACGCCCACCGCUUGGCGCACCUCGGACAACAGAUAGGACUGCAGGAGCACUCACACCCUGCCCUCCCUUCAGAUCACCACCACCACGACAGCCAGCGAGAGAAGAGGCGCCUCACCAUGCAGCCAGGCCACGCUCUCAUCCCACCACCUGUUGCUGCUGCUGCUGCUGAUGAUGAUGAUGGUGAAGUCGACGAGUGGGAAACGGAGAGCGCGCUUGAACGUAUGCGAGGGCUGGAGUACUUGGAUGAACUGACACAGGCGCAUGCUGAUCGUGACACGGACGUGCUCACGGCUCGUAGUGGCGGCGCUGCUGUGAGCAGCAGCAGCGUUGGUGACAGGAUGAGUGCAAGCACUGCGGACACGAGUGUCCACGUGUCACAACCACUGUCUCGACCAGCAGCAGCAGCAGCCGCAGCGGCAACCAGACACCAACACCGCCAGCAUAGCAGCACUGCGUCUGUUGCCGACGACGACGACGACAGCAGGCAGUCUUUGAGCACUGGCGGGCGCAGCAGCGAAGUUGGUGUGCACCGGGCAGCUUCUGGCACGCAAGCCACCGCCACGACACAGGUGGUACGGCAGCAAAGUGGAGAAGAGCAGCAGCAGCAGCAGCAGCAACAGCAGCAGCAGGAGUACAACCGCCAAAUUCCGACAAGCGGUAGCGAUCAAGCGCCGUCAUUUAAUGCGAAGAUCGACGAUGAACAACAGCAACAGCAGCAGCAGAAGCAGCAGCAGCAGCACCAACAGCAAGUGGGGCAGCUGCGCUUCCCAUAUCCUCUGGGCAAGUCGCUUCAAGGGGAAGUGCCCCUGUUCCGUUCAGCAAAACUGCUGGCGCUGUUGGCCGCGCGCACACACCGGCGCACGCGUCGUCCAGCAUCACAUGCCGGGGUACCGCAGCACGAUGCUGUGCUGAAUUACCACACGCUCGUGCCUGCACUCGGAACGCUGAUGAUCGAGCAAGUGCUCGCACCGCACUCCACGGCGUCCCACGUUGCAUGCGAGCACAUGCCUGCUUUUGUCGAAGUCCGCUCGAUGCUGGACGCGCUGGUUGGUCUCAUCCCGGAAAUGGACGUUGCGUGCUUCAAGGCGCGGUCCGUGGGCGGCGACAGCGGUGACACCAAGGGUCGAGGAGGCCGUGGUGGUGAUGGCGGAGGUGUGCACGGUUUUGCGACUGGCGGUAACACUGAGAGGGAAGCAGGUGCAGCAGGGGCGGCGGCACUGGCGUCGUCAGCGGAGGACCGUGAGAAGAACAAGUUCAUCAAGCUUUCACUGCGGCUGCACAAGACGCUUGAGAACUCGCCCUCCACAAAUCCGCGGUCGCUUGAAAUGCUGCAGCAGUUCCCCGUGCUGCUGCGCACGCUCGCCAAAGCAGGGCCCUUGGUUGCCCGCCGCAUCCGCCAGUACCCGCACCACACCAUGCCAUCGUCGCAAUACCUGACGCACUCUGGGUCUGCCAGCUCGUCGCAGCUUGCAUCACCGCUCACGCCGCGAUCGCCGUCGCACGUGCUGUCCCCGCCGUCGGCAGGGCGGUCCACAUCGCCAUCGCCCUCCAGCAGCGGCGCCGCGAGCCCGCGGAGCAAGCGCACGGGCGGCGGGGUGUCGCAGGCAGCGCUGAGCAGUGCCCUCAGCCAGCGCAGUCAGCGGCAGGAGCGACAGAGGAAACAGCGACACACAGACAUGAAGCGGGCGCUCGCAAAGGCGCGGUUCUCUCCGCGUGAAUUGGGGACGAUUGGCAUCUUCCUUGAUGACGACGACAGCAGCGCUGGUGGCGGUGAUGGCAGCGAUGACAAUGCCAGCGAGGCCGAGAAAGACGAUGACGAUGGUUCUGAUGAUGACGACUACGAGAAAGACAGCAGCAGGCUCGUCCACGCUGCUGGCCCUGGUACAAAUCAUUCAAGAAUUGGUCCCCACACGCGCGGAAUUAUCAACGGCAGCCGUGGCCAAAGACAGUUUGGCUGGCAGCAGAAUCGUGGUGGUGGUGGUGGUGGUGGCGCACCGUUUGGCCGUGCCAUGUAUGCGUCUCGCUUCCUGCAGCGCCUGCGUGCCCUCAACACCAGCCGCGAGCCGUCGAACCGGCCGCCGUCACCGCCGAGCAGCCGCACUCGCCGUGCACCUGGCCGUGGCGGUGGCGACGCUGGUGGCAGCGGUGCCGGCGAUGUGGUGCGCGAGGGCGGGGCGAAGGACCUCGGGCGACAACAACAGCAGCAGCAGCAGCAGCAACAGCAGCAGCGUGGUGUGACGAGCAAGACACAGGCAGCUGACAGGGCGAUGCGACGGCUGCUGCGCGGGAGCAGGCGACUGGCCAGCAUCGCCAACGGCGUCCGCGAGGAGGACCGAACCGGGGACCGUGCUGCCGAGGAAAAGGAGGACGGAGAGGACCCUGAGGCAAUCCAUGUGCUGAUUGCGUCAUCGCGCGGGUUUGAUGACGACCUCUUGUCGACGCGCAAGGGCAUGGUGCGUCACGCGCCCGGCAGCAAGCGCGUGCGCGGGGAGCAGUUUCCGGCCACACAGUACUUCUUGCCCGAUGAUGACCCAAACAGCAUUGGGCUGAGCGACCGCCACAGCGCGCUCAUUGUGGUUGUGGCGCGCGGGAUGCUGUGGUGGGCGACGUACAACCAGCGGGAAGAGCCCACGCGCAAGUUUGGCGAGAAGCUGCAGUACAUCCUUGAGUGGCAGCGGCUUCGGGCAACCACGCUGCAGGGCGCAUUGCUGGGGAAGACGGGCCUGGGCCACCUGCUGCCACACAGCAAGGGCUACACGCCGACGACCGAGCACCCUUGGCUGCACGACAUGAAGACAGCGGAGGUGGUCAGCCCCGUGAUUCCCUUCCACCGCAUGCCGACGGCGAGCGACGGCGCUGCCAAGCAGAAGCCGCUGUCACUGCAAGACCUGGGCAUUCGCCAGUACGGCGUGCAGCACACGGCCAGCGGAGAGGUGGAGGUGACGGCGGCCGAUGGCGGCGGCACCCAGGACAUGCUGGCCAAGCUGCGCACGCCCGCUGCGGGGGUGAACCGCCACAUGGCUGGAAACACGCCACCACAACACCGGCGCACAGGUGCACGCGGCAGCACGGGCUCUCCACCAGCGCCAUCGCCGCCAUCAUCGCCGUCGUCGCGCCUGUCAUCUUCAGCGCUGAACUUGCUCGCCAGCACGGCCACGGCUUCGCCACUCGGCGCCGGCAAGGCAGCUCGCCUGCCGCGCGUGGUGCAGCCGCGUCGCACGAUGGAAAACCUGUUUGACAAGCCUGCAGAGUACGUGCGCUCGCGGCUGCUCACCCUGUUCCGAGAACCGAACCUGCGCAUCACUGGUGGAAUGCUGCGCCUGUACGACGCGCGCCGCAAGCAGGCCGGUGGUGAGCAUCUCAUGUACGGGCGCCUGCAGCGGUGUGUGGAGCUGCUGAUGCAGACAGAACGCCUUGCCGUCCAGCUCUCCCAGCGCAGGAACGACUACGACAUGUGGGUGGAGGAUACCAAGCAGCGGCGGCGUGAUGCCAGGGAGGCCGUCCCCUCCGUCGUGAACAUGCUGUACAUGCUGCGGCCGCUGCACUACUGCGCAACGCCCAUCUUGCCUGGGAUUCUCACGCCCAAGCCUGCGUCAUCACACAUGCAUGGCGUGAGCUGGUCGUCGUCAUCAGCGUCAUCGUCGCCAUCUACAUCCAAAUCGAAGCACGCGAGGGAGCCAUCCAAGACAACCAUGUCCGCAGCCGGUACAAGCAGCACUGAACCGGUGUCGUUGCUGCAGCUGUUGCGCCGCCCCCUGUCCGCCUCCACGUCGCCGCUCUUGUCGUCACUGUCGUCUAAGUCGUCCGAACAGUCGCAUGCGCCUGGCGGAGGUGGCGCUGAGGGUGCGCUGCCAACCGAUACGGCUGUCUCCGGGCACCAUGCGGCGUGGCUGAUGCAGCACAUGCUUCGCUUCUGCCAGCGGUAUGCCAGCUACGCGGCGAAGGUGCUCAAGUUUGAUGUUGCGCUGGACAAGAUUGCCACAGAUGGCGAGGCAUGUGUGCGCAGUCUCCGCCGCCGAGACGCCGUCUUCCUCUACGAGAUGGAGACACCGCGCGUGUUUAUGCAGAAGUUGAGUUCCUUUGAUGACAUUGCAGGCCUCCUCGUCCUUGAAGUGUUUGCACGUGGUUAUCUCGUCUUUGUGCAGCUUUACGUCAUGCACGGCCCAGGUAAGGCUGGUGGCCAUGUGCUGGUUUGUCAGCAUCCGUCGUUGUCUCAGUGCUGGCGGCAGGAUAUCGCGCCGUGCUUUGACACGCUCGCUCUGCGCACGCAGGACUUUUUGUGGCGCAACAGCGUGCUGCCCCCGGCAGAAUUCUCUGCAGAGACGGCCCGUGUGUGCGACGCCAUUCACGUCAACUCGUUUGCGUACGACUUCAACACCAUUCUUGCGCAGACGUUCCUGAGGACACCGAGGACGCUGACCAUGUCUGGUCUGCGAGUGGCGCAUGCGCUCAUGAGCUUGGUGCGGUACCACCUUCGCGCCCCGACACAGGCAAAGAACCUGCUGCAAGUGCACACGCUGAGCAUCAUCGACUUCCUCAUGCAGGGCGGGAAAGAUUUGCCGGCGCACUCCCCCUUUGGACACCUCCAGCGAAGCUCCAUCUUUCGACAGCUGCUGACGCUGGUCGGGCCGUCGCACAGUGACGGCAGCAUGAGCAGCAGCAGCGAUGGCGGUGGUGAUGGCAGCAGCAGCAGCGCGGUCAUGCGAGACCGUUUGCUGCAGGGAUUUGAGAAUCAGAUGAAAGCGGAGGGGCAGGCGUCGCCGGCAGCUGGGCUCCUCAGCGCCAUCUUCAAGCACCUGGUUGCGCACCCGUCCCGCUUUGGGUUUGCUGUUGCGUACAAAGGGGAGGAUGAUAUGGUGGUGUAUCGCCAAUUCAACGACAACUUCACGUCUCGCUCUUCGAGAACUAUCUUUGUUGUGCUCCACGCUCGCUCCUUUGAGAACGAGGAGUCGCCUGUGCUCUCGUACUUCUGCAUUGGCGUUGAUCCAGAGCCGUUCACGUCCAUGCAUCUGGAACUGGGCACGUUGGAGGACAACAUGAAGCGCAGCAAGCGUGACGUCGCUGAUCGCUUUAUUGACGCCUACCGCCACCUCUGGCAGAAGAAGCUGUGGCGUCUGCUGCUGGGUGCACUGCGGCCGGCCAGUCCUCGACCGCGCUGCCCGGAGCUGUCUGAGCUGCCUGCUCCACCGACAACACCCCCACACCCCCAACACCAGCGUCGCCGACAACAACAACAACAGCAGCAGCAGCAGCGACAGCCGUCCAUCUUCGGGUUCUUCAAGCGUCUGCGCAUGCGCGGGUCAUCACCGGCGUCUCCCCAGCACCCGCGCGAGGGCCGCAGUCGGGCAGGCAGUAUGCUGACCAACCCGCCCCGCCUGCGCGCUGAGCGGCGUGGGUGGCGCGAACGCGUCUCUGUCAGCUCAGAGGGUGCAGACGGCGGUGAGGCAGCACGCGUCGGUGCUCAGAUAUCCCGGGGCCGAAACGUUGGUGUUGGUGUUGGUGAACGGCGGGCGCGACGAGCCAUUGCCAUGCGCGAUCUUGAGAAGAUUGACGAGGAGGGCGGUAGUGAUAUCGGUGAAGAGUUUGAUGACGAAGAUACAGAUGUGGAGGAGGACGUGUACGAAGAACAACCACGGCGUGCUGCUGAAUCAACAACAACCGCCACUGCUUUGAAUAGCGGCUUUGCACCCGUGUCGGCAGCGAGUGUGGAGCGCGUCGUUGCUGCAGAGACGGCCGUGAGCGACACAUCAACACUCACACUGCACAUGGUCAUUGGCGACAUCCUCGGCAUCGCCACGGCAAUCCCCGCGUCGGUGUUGGACGCGUCGCUGCGUCCGCUCGUGUCCUCUGUCCGCUUUGACAGCUUUGCGCACAUUGUCACGCACCAGCACAGCGUCAAGUCACUGGUGGUGUCAGUGACACAGGACCCGUAUCGCGGCCGGCACCUGAUUGCACAGCGCGAGGACGUGAGCAGCGUACUGCUGCACGUGUAUGAGAACGCGUCGCCAUCGCCCGGCCAGACAACCGAUGGCUCUGGCAGCCGUGGUGUCGGGCAGAACGAACGCAUGUCCAUGACAUUCUUACUUGCCCAGAACCAAUCCCUGGACAAGAAGCGCGUGCGCGGCGCGAACAUCAGGACUGAGAUUGAUCCCCGUCUGCUUUCUGUUGUCUACAGCGUUGCGCAGGAUGCUAUGCAGUGGCUGCUGGCUGCCGUUGGUCGCGACCUGUGA